UCUGCCCAUCAGAGUUUUCAAUCAGUCCAACGGCAAAAACGGUAGUCAGAAUCAAGAAGUACAUUAGCGAUUUCUCCCUGAGACAGAAGUACUUAGCCAUGGCGGCAUCUUCUGCCACUAUAUCACCCUCGUCAUCACCACAGUCUUUAUCCAUUUUCAGACCACAGCAACUGCAAUCUCCUUCGCUCUCUUCCAUUACCUUUGUCCGCCCGUUUCAACUUCGAACUCCUGGUUUUCGUCUCCAAGCAUCCCGCCGUUCUCCCAACUUUUCUCAGGAAGGUGAGAAUCCGGUGGUGGAUCCUCGGAAUUGGAGCCGGAAUCGUAAUGAUAUGACUUUUUCCGGAGAUUACGAUGAAGACGACGACGAAGAGGAUGAGGAGGAGGAGGAAGACGACAGGAGCUUGGAUCUUCUAAUUAGGUUUGUUGAAAACGUGUUUAAGAAGAUAUCUAGACGAGCUCGCAAGGCCGUCCGAUCCGUUCUGCCUACCAACAUCCCCACCAAAUUGGUGGGAUUCUCUGUUAAUGGAGUUAUAAUUCUGGCAUUUUUUUGGAUUCUAAAGGCGUUCCUUGAGGUGGUUUGUACUCUUGGCAGUGUAGUUUUUGUAAGCAUCUUACUUGUUCGCGGGGUAUGGACUGGAAUAUCGUAUUUUCAAGAAGGUCGUUACCGUAGGACAGAUGAUUUUGACGAUGAGAAUCAGGCAUGGACAGGAACUCGGCCUGCAGCUUGAAUACAAUAAUUAUACAGCAAUUUCCCAAAUCCAUGAUUAUGUGAUUAACCCAAAGUUGAUCCCCAAAUAGCAUAAUUUAACAUCUUCCUGGUUCUUGAUGGUGAUGGUAUAUAUAUAUAUAUAUACACAUACAAUCAGAAAGACCAUCUUCUCUUGGGAAGAAAAUGAAAAUACGAAUUCACCCCUGUUCAGUUUAGAUUUUGCUUGAUUGACCUCAUAUGAUUGCAAAAACGAGUGUCUAUUUCCGUAAACGUACUUGCUCAAGGCCUUCACUUUUCUGGAAACGAGGUCUUGAUGCAGUCUCCAGCUUGAGCUUAAUGUGCAUGUAGAUAUGAGACAUAGCAGAAUUUGCAGCAUUUCUGUUGGAUGGAGUUCUUUCAUUCACCGACAAUGAGGUGAUUCUUUUUCGACCUUCUUCAUAACUCAGGAGCUUGUUAGCAUGAUGUGGCAAUAUGCUGAGAGCUAUCUUGAGAUUAACUGGAAAACUCUUGCUCAUUCAUUAGUGAAUAAUCUUUCAGAGGUAGAUGUUCAGAUACAUGGCAUGAUAUCUCUUGAAAUUAUACAUUUAUUUUUAUAUCUUUUGAGCUUUCCAAAAUGCCUACUUACCUUUGGGCAAGAAUCUAGUGUUAUCCCUUUUUUCUAUUCCCUUCAUAUUCUUUCAAUAAGACGUUGACAUGUCAUUUUUUUCU